GGAAACGGCGAUAAUACAUUGGCGAUAAAUACAUAUAUAUAUAUAUAUAUACAUAUAUAUAUACAUAUAUAACAAAUUAUGUACAUACGACGCGUCUAAUCGACUCGUUUGCAAUAAAGAGAUAUAUUUUGCGUACCGCGUUUUAUUCCAUUCAUUCGAUCGCUUCGUUCCACCGACUUCGUCUCCAAUCUGAAUCUAUCCGAACCCGAUUCUAUUUGGAAACGAGCUCGAUCGCUGCCAUGGCUACGUGGCGUCGAACAAAAGCAACGUCUCGAUCGUAACCGGUCGAGGCAGGCCUGCGCCACAUUCAAGCAGCACCGAUACCUCGUCCGAUAAAGUGUUGUAUAUCCCAAUUCGUGUAUAUUCCAAUCGUCAAAAUAUGAGAGUAGCUCGCACGCACGCCCAUUCAUAGAAAAAAACUGCGCUACGAUGCCCGUUACCUUGCCACACCAUGAUCGUACGACCCCAUCUCAAUUGUGCAUACAUCCUCGUUCUGUCCAUACUUCUCCGAUCGCCCGCCUCUCACUGCUUUCCAGAGGUUGUCAAAGACAACCAGGCCAGGUAAUUUGCGAAUCACCAUCCAAUCCAUCCUCUCCAUACUCUUCGAGAAAUAAAAUUUUCCUCUCCCUCUCCCUCUCUCUCUCUCUCUUAUACGAGAAAGAGAGCGAGACAGAGAAUCUAAAAUCGUCGAAAUCCCUCCUCGAAACGUAUAGAACAACUACAUUUCCCUUCUUCCUUCUUCCCCUCUUCGACAGUAACGCGGACGCAGGGGGCUACGCGAUCGAGGAGCAAGGGAACAAAGUGGACCCGUCCAUAGAGCGGAUCUUCCGCGGAUCAUCAGGCAACGUGGAACAACAACGUCGAAACUACAACUCGGCCAACUCGAAACGCAACGUGGAGGCGGUCUCGGACAAAACGACGAUCCGGACCGAGGACACGAGGAAGCGUCCCCGGAUAAAGCGAGGGGGGGCGGAGGAGGAGGCGGCGGCGGCCGUCGCGAGGAGGAGCGGGGAGGAGAAGCGUGCGGCGGGCGGCAGAGCCAAGGCCGCGCCCUCCGCCAACGCCAGGAUCGGCCGCUCCUCCCCCGCCAGGGGGAUGGACCCCCUCCUCGCCCCCAAAAAUCUGCCCGUCAAAGACUACGAGGUGCCCCUCCUCGACCCGGACGAGGGGGGGGAGGAGGAGUCGGUGGCCGGCGUGGUCGGGGCGAGGGGCAAGGAGGCGAGGUACAGGGGGGAGUACUCGGGCGGCGGAGGGGAGGACUCGGCCAGAUUCAUAGACCAGGAGGAGAGGUCGAGCCUGUACGACGAUUUCGAGGCGAAGGACGUGGUGAAGCGGGGGAUAACGGGGGCCGAGGACUACGAGGAGAUGGAGGAGGAGGGCGUGGAGGGGGGCGUGGACGAGGGGGCCGCGUUCGAGGAGGGCUCGAUCGAGGAGGAGGUCGGGGCCGAGAAGAGGAAGUACCGGGGGGGGGACGUGAGGGUGAAGAGGGAGCACGAGGCGUCGUCGUCGAGAGGGAGCAGCAGCAGCAGCAGCAACAACGGCAACAACAAGGAGGGGGCGAUGGAGGGCGCGGAGAAGAUGAACGGGGAGAGCGGGGAGGCGGGCGCGACGGUGGAGGCGUCGGAGAAGACGGUUGACGCGUCGUUGAAGAGGGACGCGUCCUCGGAGAAGGAGCAGGCGGCCAGCAAGGGGGAGAGCAACCAGCUGUCCGGGCAAUCGAAGGAGGGGAAGGAGUCGGGGCAGCAGUCGAAGAGGAACGUGCUCGACACGAAGAACGAGAACGACGGCUCGUCCAAGUCGUCCGGCUGCGACCGGGACACGGACAACGCGAAGAACGAGAAGCCCCUCCUCUCGCCGAUGAACGACCAGAAGACGGUGGAGAUGGAGGGCGACGAGGGCGCGAAGCUUCUCCAGGGCGGCCAGGAGGGGCAGCAGGAGGCCGCGGGAGGGGGCGGGGACGCGGGCGGGGGGAAGACGCAGGAGAUGAACCUGUCGAGCGACAGCAAGCCGAUCGGCAGCUUGAUCGGCGGCGACUCGUUGGGGGUGAAGGGGGCGGACGCCUCGUCCAAAACGGAGGAGUCGAAGAUCGCGGACGUGGCGGGUCCGGAGGCGUUGAAGGGGGGCGACGUGCCGGCGAACGUGCCCGAGACGGCGGCCGUGGAGAACGCGAACGAGAAGUCGGAGUCGUCGCAGAAGGGGGGCGAGGGGGGCGGGUCGGCCGAGCAGGUGGACGAGGAUUACCAGAAACGGGUGGAGGAGCAGAUCCAGAGGAAGAUAGACUCGAUCAAGGAGGAGAUAAAGAGGGAGAUCACGGAGAAUCAGCGAAUCAGGGAGAUCGAGGAGAACAACGCCAAGUUCGAGGAGUUGAGGGACGAGGAGGAGGAGGAGGAGGACGAGGAGGAGGACGAUCAGGAGAACGAGUCGGCGAUCGACAAGCGCGACACCGUGUCGAAGAGAUCGCCGGAUCCGGCGGCCGCCGCGCCGGCCGACAAGGACAAGUCUCAGGUACGGGAGGAGAAACGGUUGGGGAUGGUGAGGCGAAAGAAAAGGCAGGGAGAGAGCGGCGGCGGCGGCAACAGCAACAGCAACAGCAACAAUCAGGAGAAGCAGGACGAGUCGAGUUCGGGGAAGAAGAGUCGGCAAGCGGCCACGAUGAAGAAACGAUCGGCGGCGAAACUGGAAGCUCAAGACCCGGAAAAGAUACCGAGGAAACGCGAGCGGCCACGCGAGGUGAUAUUGGUCGAAAGACCGGAACGGAAAAAAAAGAGGAGACGAAGGGCUAAGAACGCGGAACAACGUGGCGCAAAGCUGGAGGGUAAUCAACCAGCUGAGAUCGUGCAGGACUCGAGCUUGCGCGGGAACCUCGGCGAUGGAAAGGUGAAAGGGGGAAAUUAAUCUGGUAUUGCGGAUGCUAUUAUUGCUACUACGAGUGUCAUUAAACGAAUGGUUCCGAAUUCCGGCAGUCGAGCGUGGAUGAUUCGAAGAUGACGGAAGAUGAGAAAGCGGUCGCGGAACGGAAUUCCCUGUCCGAAAAGA